AUUAACACGGUUAUCACGUGGCUGAGGCAAGGAGACGAGGAUUGGUCAGAGAGCCACAACACAAUAUACUGGACAGAAGUCAGAAGGGAGAACGCUGGCAAUUAUACCUGCAAAUUACGAUAUUUGAUCACGGAUUCGUUUAAUCAUUCCAUCAGCGGCGACUCUGAACAUUCAUUCCAUUUAAAUGUUGAAUAUCCAGCGAGUGUAAUUAACUUUGAGGCUGUGGGACACAGUGACUCUGUCGUUGUAAAUGAGAACAAAAGCGUGACCUUCAGAUGUAACGCCACAGGGAAUCCUAGUCCAACGAUACGAAUAAAGAACACCAAUCGUGUACUAAAGCAACGAAAUGCGAUUUCUCUCGGAAAUAAGGAAAUCAUGACAUGCGCACACACGGGAAAAUAUUCGUGCUAUGCCAGGAAUAUCAUAAACGAAGAAGAGUCAACAUCUAAAGACAUCGACGUUUUCGUUAUGUGCUCCCCACGACCUGCUUCAAACAUGCUUUCAGAGCUCAACUUCACGACUACCCUACAUUCAACUGUUAUACUGAGCUUCACAGUGAUUUCUAAUCCAGAACCACAACCUUCAGACUAUGUUUGGAAGAAAUGUGAUGUUGAAGAAUCGAUUGGACAUUUACAAUGCUUCUCACUUGUUGACGAAGGGCACUUAAACGUUUCGAUAGUUGACUUAACGUCGAAUCUAACGAUUUCAGAUUUCAUUCAGCAUGAUAUUGGGCGAUAUGUGUUGACUGUGCAAAAUGGUGUUUGUGACGCAUGGAAUCAGACGUUCCUCGUCGUGAUCAAAGAUAAGCCCGAAGCACCGCUGUUGUUUUAUGAAAGCACAGCUUUGCAUUCCGUCAUUCUAACAACGACUGCAGGAUAUAGCGGUGGCAUCUCACAGUCAAUAAUACUCCUUUACAAAAACAUACACGCUUCGGAAUGGAUCAAAGUAGAUGCGAUUAGUGAUGUUCCCACAAACUAUACAUUUUCGUGCACAUUGACUGGGUUAGAUUCCAACAUAAACUACACUGCAAUUACAUAUGCCAGCAAUGAAUUAGGGAAUUCCACAACUGUGUCGAUAUACUUCACACCUGCGGUACUCGAAAAAUCAUCUGCCCGUUCUGUCUCCACACUCAAUGCGGAUGUGCUGCUUCCGCUAAUUGGUGCUGGCUGUGGCGCGUUAAUGUUCCUAGCAACAACGGUACUCGUAUGCGUUUGCAGAAAACGGAAAAUGCGAGAAAACUCUGUGGCGAACAAAAGAAAUGUUUCACUACUAGUAUGUAAACGAAGGACACGAAAUGAAGAUCAGAUGUACAUUACUGCAGUCGGAGUUUUGGAACACGAACCCCCUACAGCGUCUCAAGGAAAUUGUCAAGUUGGGCAAAGCGACACUAGCAGCGUUUCAAAUGCUGUUCAUAAGUUUUCAACAUUCAAAGUUCUUCAAGAUUCUUCAGAGGUCGAAACAGUUGUGGGGAAAGAGGAUAAACACUAUGCUGAGAUAAUUGACUUGUUGGUCGCACCUACAACAACACCAAACUCAUUUUAGCGAUUUGUUCUCAGUAACUUCAAGUUUAUCAGUUAUACGUUACACGUUAAUGGUUAUACGGUGAUUUGUAAAAACUUGUCUGUCGGUUACCAGUUACCAUACGUCCGUAAACCACUAGUUCAUCUAUUACAUUCAACCUCAAGUCUUUCAGUAGUAUCCAGCUAUAAGUCUAUCAAUGAUCUGCAACCACAAGUUUAUCAGUAAUAUGUUACAUAAAGAAUGUCGGUUACCAGUUACAAUAUGUCCAUCGGUUAUCCGUAACAAUAACUAUGUGUAAUCACAUGUUUAGCGGCUAUCCGUUGCCACGAGUUUAUCCUUGUUCUGAUACUAUAAGUUUAUCGUUUAGCCGUGACCGCACGUAUAUCGGUUAUGUGUACACACAAGCAAAUUUAUUCUUGAAUUGAAUAUUUGUAAACCCAGUGCAUUUUCUGUACGUAAUUUGACUUUGUAUAUUAUGUGUAGUAGGCAAAAAUAAUUGAAAAAACACAAACAAAAACCGUACAUAGUAAUGAAAUAUAUUUAUUCGACCAUUAGCACUUGUGUUUGCAGAUAUAUUUAAGAGCUAUGCUCGGAACCGUUGAUAUCUGUAUGCAGAGAUUUCGGCAUACUAAUUAUGAUGAGCAUAAGAUGUGAAUAAACGUGCAAUUUUCAAUUGUUUAUAUUGUAACAUUCGCUAAGAAAAACUAAAACAAAAGCUCCGGUGUGAAUGCCGUUUAUUUUAAACAACAUAGCUGACAGGUAAUUAAAUUAAGUAGCAACUGACUGUGUAAUUAAAGUAACAGUAAUAAUUAUAUAUCAAUGCUAAUAUUGUUUCACAUUUAUUUAUGUUAUUCUGCACGAAACUCAUGUAGAUUUAUGCUUGUGCUCAUGUUUUUAUAAAGAAAUUUCUAACAAAUACAUUUUAAAAUUAACCAUUUAAAUCAAGUUGUCCUUCCAAUUUGUUUUAAUAAAACGGUCAUUUGAUAAUUUUUAAUCAAUCUUUAUAUGGACGAGUUCAUAUGUUUAAAUGUUUGAAUGGACACACACGUAUGAUUGUACAAACACAAUACGUGUAAAUACCCUACUUGUUUAUAUACUGGUGACGGCAACUUCAUUUAUAAAAAAAAUCACCAAUAUCAUAUUAGUUACGCUUGUAUUCCACCGAAUUAAAAACAAACAGUUGUUGUACACUAAAAAAUCAUUGGUGACGGUUUCAUUACAACACAAUUGUUAAUUAAUGGUGUAUCAAAUCAACAUAAUAUCCGGAACAGUUGUUUGUCUCCAAAAUAUUAGCAGAAACAUUUAUUUUUUAACCAAAAUAUAUCAGUACUGGCUGUUUAUCCCAGAUAAAAUAAUUAACGGUUGUAUUUCAAUACAAUAAAUCCGCAACGGUUUUAUUUCACCAAAAUAAUAUCAGUGACAGUUGUAUUACACAAAAAUUAUAUUGUUACUAUAAAUAUAGAAUAACAUGUUAGUGCAUGAUAGUAAUGUAAUA